AUGGAACUGCCACCUCAACUAAACCUCCUUCGACCACUUCUCCUACUCUCUUAUUCAGCCUCCUACAUCCCCAUAACCAUAUUCCGACUUUUACUUUCGUCACCCUCAAAGCUUCUUUCAUGGUCUUCCUUCCAACACGCCUGGUUUGGAACCUUCUGGUCCUGGUUCGGCGGCGUAUCUCGUCAAAACGCCAAUGCCACUGUAGCUCCUCUGGUACGCACACACGUGUCGGGCAUAGUCCUAGACAUCGGCCCCGGCAGCGGAGAAUGGGUAAACCUCUACGCAGCAACAGCAAACAAAGUCUCCAAAGUCUAUGGCGUGGAGCCGAAUCCCGAACACCACGCUGCGUUGCGCAGACGAGUGGAGGCUGCUGGACUCAAAGGCAUCUAUGAGAUUCUACCUGUAGGAGCGCAGGAUCUGGGAUCUGUGGGAUUGGAGUAUGAGUCUGUGGAUACGAUAGUGACCUUGCAGACAUUAUGCAGUUGUCCUGGUCCGCAAGAUAUCAUCAAGAGCUUAUAUCCUUAUCUAAAGAAAGGAGGUACUUGGGUGGUUUAUGAACAUGUCAAGACAAAGUACCAUAACGAUUUUGUUGGAUACUGGCAACGUAAGUGCAGCCACAGGUUUAUACCGUCUGUCUUUUCUGACUUUUCUAUUUACNNAGCUUUCGUCAAUCUGAUCUGGCCGACCUUCUUUGGCGGCUGUGAUAUUGCAAGACCUACUGAUGAAUGGCUUCGCGAAGCAGGUGAGUGGGAAGAAGUCUCGUUGAGAGCGGGAGAAGGCGAAGGUCCUUACGACACCAUCCCACACUCGCUCGGCACGCUUGUCAAGAGAAAGUGA